AGUAACCAAUGUAUGUUAACUUUGAGCAUUCUAUUAAGAGUCAUAGUUUGCUUUAUUAAAACUAAAUUUUGAAAAUAAAAGGGUAUAAAAUCGUUAUUAUACUAAAAUUGUUUAAACCAAGAUGGUUUUUAUAUGUUCCUUUCUCACAAUUUUCUGUGAUAGUAAUACGCACUACACACCUUUUAUAAGUGUGUUACUACUUAUUACCAUAUUCAUAUACAAAAAUUUAUUUUUAAUUCACCAUUAAUUCAAAUUUAAAUAGUGGGGGAUUUGUUGAAAAAUUUUUAUCAAAUGCAGUAUUAUAAAUUUUUUAGUUGUUUAUGGCUUAUUCAUUUAGAAAGUUCUAUAGGGACCACCGUCUCGCUGGCAGAAGAAAUUUUCAUGUGUUUACGUUUACGUUUGACAACUAUGUUUACAGAAAGUUGCUGCGUCUGCGUGCACUUGACAGGUUCCUAAUGCAGAUUGAAAUAUGUUUGUAGUUUGUAAGUUUUUCUCGCUUUUAUAAUGUGGUCUUUUUUUUCGCGAGAUCCAUCAAAAGACUUUCCGUAUGAAAUAAGUGAACCUGUACCAGGUUUGGAAGCGACAAGUGUUUGGACUUUACAUAAAGCGAAGAAAAAAGGUGCAAAUGAAGAUGUAUCUGUGUUUGUAUUUGAUGUCAGAAAUGGCAGCGAAACUCAGUUCGAGGUAGCGAAAGCUGCAGUCAAAAGACUAAAGACGUUGCGUCAUCCUAGUAUUCUUACAUAUCUUGAUAGUUUAGAGUCCGACAAAGCGCUUUAUUUGGCAACGGAGUAUGUGGUGCCAUUGCAGAAUCACUUGGCUGAACUCUCUAAAGAUGGUCAGCAGAGAGAGCUGUACCUAGCAUGGGGAAUUUUCCAAAUCACAAGAGCGCUGAGCUUCCUGAACAAUGAUGGAAACCUGCGCCACAACAACGUGUGCCUGCCCUCUGUGUUCGUCAACAUGGCCGGCGAGUGGAAGCUCGGUGGGGUGGAGUACGUGGCAGGGGCCACGGAGGGCACGGGGCUGCCCAUCAAGAUCCUCCCCGCGCUGGAGAAGUACGACCCCCCUGAGAAGGCCGACCCCAGCAAGCAGAGGCACAUCACUAAAUGCUCUACUGACAUGUGGGGACUGGGCUGCCUCAUUUGGGAGGCGUUCAACGGUCCUCUGCCACAGCAGUCCGCUCUCAGAGACUUGGAAAACAUUCCAAAGCAGUUGAGCACUGCUUACUGUGAGCUGGUCGGUGCCAACCCCGCGUCUCGGCCAAACCCGGCCGACAUCAUCACGAGGUGUCGAAAAGUGGGUGGGUACUUCAAGAAUGACCUUGUUGACACGCUGCUCUUCCUGGAAGAGAUUCAGAUCAAGGACAAGAGUGAAAAGAAUCGCUUCUUCAUGUCGCUUCCGCCGCAGCUCGACAACUUUCCCGAGAAUGUGUGCAAACACAAGAUCCUGCCCCAGCUCAUCACUGCAUUUGAGUAUGGUGAUGCUGGCUCCGCAGUUCUAAUGCCUAUGUUUAAGUUGGGGCGCUUACUUGAAGAAGCAGAAUACCAGAGGAAAAUAGUGCCAUGUGUGGUAAAGUUGUUUGCCUCGACAGACAGAGCCACGAGGAUCCGUCUCUUGCAGCAGUUGGACCACUUCAUUGGUCAUCUACAGGCAGUAACAGUUAAUGACCAGAUCUUCCCCCAAAUUGUAAAUGGUUUUAUGGACACAAAUCCCACCAUCAGGGAACAGACGGUAAAGUCAGUUGUCCAUCUUGCUCCAAAAUUAAACUACAACAACUUGAAUGUGGAAGUUCUUCGACAUUUUGCUAGACUCCAAGCCAAAGAUGAUCAGGGUGGCAUAAGAACUAACACGACGGUGUGCCUGGGGAAGAUCGCUCAACACUUGCACCCACAGAUCAGGCAGAAGGUACUCAUCUCAGCGUUCAUCCGGGCCAUGCGCGACCCGUUCCCCCCAGCACGUAGCGCAGGUGUGCUGGCGCUCGCGGCGACCCAGCAGUACUUCCUGCUGUCGGAAGUGGCCACCCGCAUCCUGCCGGCGCUCUGCCAGCUCACCGUCGAUCCCGAGAAGUCUGUCCGGGACGGGGUGUUCCGGACCAUCAAGGGCUUCCUUGGCAAGCUGGAGAAGGUGUCCGAGGACCCCAGCUUGCGAGAGUCUAUGGAGGCAGACGUGCACACUGCGACUCCCAGCCUCUCCAACGCGGCGGCCACGUGGGCGGGCUGGGCCGUGACGGCCGUCACCGCCAAGUUCUACCGCAGCCAGUCGGACACCGUCAAGUCCACCUCCAUGGUCAGCCGGGUGCUCAGCAAGCCGGGCUCUCUGGAGCAACCCUCCAGCAGCAGCAUCUCGACCACCACGUCCAGCGUGACCUCCAUGACGUCCCUGGAGCAGGAGGAGAGCCGCGGGGCGGACUCCGUGUCCGACUACGACGAGAACAACUGGGACGGGGACAACUGGGGCGAGAUGGAGACAGGGCAGUCGACUGUGUCGGAGCCGCGGAGCCCGACGCCUGCUGCGCGAAACCCGGACAGGAAGGGCACCGACGGCUGGGACACCGAGGAGUGGGGGAGUCUGGAUGAGGAACCAAUAUCACCCCCUCCGGCACCCAGCAGUGAGCUGAGCAGCCCGGGCGAGGGCUGGAUACACACAGAGUUCACCACGACAGCGGAGUCCCCGGGCACGCGGUCCGUCGGGUCCUACAGCUGGGGCGACGCCAAGGAAGAUGGGUCCAGUCUCACCACCCGGGGAACGGGGCUAACCAAGAGUCAGUCAGGGUGGGAGGAGUCGGAGUGGGAGCCUCUGGAAGAUGUUUCCAAUUCAACCAGUCGCCUGGAGGAAGCCCGCAAGAAGCGGGAGGAGAAGAAACUCCAGCGGCAGAAAGAGUUGGAAGCUCGCAGAGCGACCAGAGUCGUGAGUGGCGGCCCCAUGAAACUCGGGGCCAAGAAACUCUAGCGUCGAGUACCGCUUGGUUCCACCAUCGUCUGUGUCGAGUCGUACUUUUCUUCAAAUAUUAUUGUGCAUGCAUUUUGAAAAAUAUUGCCGGAACAUUGUUUUUACUGUGAUUGGUGUCUCUACGUCAACUUGGCAAGAUUUACUACUUGUUACCUUGCACCGUGUACAGUAUGUUAUGACACCUGAAUUUUAAACAGUGGUCUUUAUGAAACUCUUAUUGAUUGAAUAUUUGUGUAAAUGCAUUAUAGUUGGAACUGACAUAUUUUGUCACCUAUUUGUAACUUUUGUGUAACUUUAAAAAGGAAUUUUUACACAAGCCAGAUUAUAACUUAUUAACAUUGAAUAUGUUUAAAUAAAUACAUGCAUUCAUGCAUUUAUGGUAUAUGCAGCAGAAUAAGUCAUAGUUGUAGAUUUAUCAUUAAAACAUAGGAUUGAGAAUUAGCAUGGAUUAAAACACAAUAAAUUAUAUGAAUUAGCAUCCAGGUCAUUGAUUCCCUUUGUACAUAGGUAUUUAUUCAUAGAAAAAUUAAAUAUUAAAUAUAAGAAUGAGUAUCUUGCCAUGUUUGAUUCAUUCAUAGCUUUAUAAUCACAUGUAUGUAUCAUUAAAUUAAAGUAGUGAGAAAACACA